GAGUGUUCGAGACGGCGCUUCCUUGUUCAGUUUUGUUUGGAUAGGCCAACGGGCGGCAGUAGCAGCAGCAGCAGCAGCGAUGAGGCACAUGCCCCGGCUCAGUGCCACAACUCCGAUGGAAGGGCAACAAUAGCCACUGUAAUUGCACCGUUCAAUUUGGGAGGAAUAAUCGGCGGCGACACAAAGACACCAAGUCAGCAUGUCGCAUUUGCUGAGGCGCACCAAGAAGUCCUGUCUGAAGUUCCUGCGCAAGAUAUCGACUUCAAAGCAACUAUUCGUUCAGCGCCUGGACGAGGAGGAUGGGGAUGGGGACGAUGAGGUGGAGGUGGAGGUGAACCUGCAGCGGCAUCUCGAACUGGAUGUGAACAGUAAUUGUCCCCCGGCCACAGAGGCCAUCUACGAGGAGUUGCAGCUGAGUGAAUGCACAAAUCCGUCCUUGGAUUUGGCCAGGGAAGUGGAGGAGCCGCCGCAGGAUGGCAAGCACGAUCUGCGGACCAAGUACUUGAUGAGCUACGGCAGCUACGAGGUGUUGGCCACCCUGCCCAGCAUUGAGUUCGAGCGGGUGAACUACAAGGAGAAUGUUCGCUACCUACGGCACACACCCUCCAACUCAAGUCUGGACUUGCAGCUGGAGGAGCAGCAGGAGCAGCAACGGCAACAGCUGGAGGAGCAGCAGCAGAAGCAACAACAGCAGCAACAGCAGCAGCAGCAGACUAUAGCAACACCUAGGAAACAAUUGCAGCAGCAGAGGAUUGCCCCGGCUAGUCGCUAUCAUCCCUGCAGCAUUAGUCUGGGCUCCAAGUUCGAGGGCAACUACCACAACGUGGUCAUUAUGGAGCCGCCGCACGAUGACUUUCCCAUCGUCAAGUGGGACAUCAAUGGCAACUCCCUCGACGACGACACCUGCGAUCGUUGGGAGGACUUCGAUGCCAGGUGGCGUCAGGCGGCGGCCGUCACCAGAUCCCUGUCGCAGUCGCAAAAGUCCAGCCACCAGUCCAGCUCCUGCACCCUGGAGACCUGGGUGGACGACACGGAACCCCUGAGCCUGGAGCUGCACCGACACGACUCGGCGGCCGCAGCCGGGAACAACUGUAAUCUUUGCCUUAGGAGCUUCUGAAUCCUCGCGGGAAUACGUGGGAAUUCAACGGCUCCGUGACCUCCACUUUGCGUCCAGCGAUUGAGCAUGUUAACCAGUCUUGUGAGAAUUACCUACAUAUAUAUAUACAUAAUAUGUAUUCGAGUAUUUGAGUAGUUGAGUCGGUAGACCGCAAUUUUCAUUAUAGAAAGUUGCUUUUGAGAAUAACCAUUAACAAUAAAGUGUGUAUGUGUGUGCGGCGCUCCUUUGGCUCCAUACCUUGAGUAAUGCACUCCAGAA